AUGGCAGGAAACUCUGGAUGCCCUUUUUUUCUCUGGGGACUUCUAGCCUUCUUGGGCUUGGCUCUGGUUAUAUCGUUGAUCUUCAAUAUUUCUCACUAUGUAGAGAAGCAGCGACAAGAUAAAAUGUACAGAUACUCUGAUGACUACAUUCCAAGAGAUGAUGAAUACUAUGUUGAAGAUAUUCCAAUAUAUGGUAACUUAGAUAAUACAAUCCCAGAACCAAUGGAUGAAAACUGCUAUGAGCAAAUGAAAGCUCGACCACAAAGACCUGUAAAUGACACACAGGAAGCCACACCAAGUGCACAGGUACCUGCGGAAGCUCAAACGUGCUAUGCCUCACUUGAUCUUAGCAUCAAGGGGAAGCGCAGAAAGCCCAGGAAACCGAACACCAAUUUGUCAGACCGGGAAAAGGACGUGCACCUCUGUGCAAUGGAGGCCAGCAUUUCUCACACCAAUUUGGCAGAUAGUUUUCUACCAGAAUUCCAAGCGGUAGAGGAAAAUAUUCAUGAUGAUCCUGCCAGACUAUUUGGAUUGAUUCGUGCCAAGAGAGAACCUAUAAACUAA